AUGGCUUAUGGUGGGUUAGAUACUAUGAAGGUUAACACGUCAGGAUUUGCCAACUUUAUACUUGCAAGGUGGAUCAAUAAUUCCUUUUGGCCCCCUCAUCAACAUGUUGGUGAAGCUAAAUUUUACGAUUACUUGACUGUCUUUGUAGCUUUAGAUGAAAAUGGGCAAGCUAAAGGUGUAUUAUUUGAAGAUGACGGUGAUGGAUAUGAAUUCACCAAGGGUGGAUAUCUGCUUACACAUUAUGUUGCUGAAAGUCAAAAUUCAGUUGUUAUUGUUAGAGUUUCUGAAAUAGAAGGGUCUUGGAAGAGGCCCAAAAGACGCCUGCAAGUGCUAUUGUUGCUUGGUGGAGGUGCAAUGAUUGAAGCAUGGGGCAUGGAUGGAGGUUUUGUGAUAAUUUGGAUGCCUUCAGAACUUAAUAUUUCUGAGUUGGUAUCAACAAGCGAGAAACAAUAUAGGAGUCGUUUGGAAAGUUCGAAGCAUAUCCUAGAUGUUGAAGCCGUUUCAGGACCAAAGGGCGCAGAGCUUUCUAGAAUCCCUAUUGAACUGAAAUGUGGUGAUUGGAUUGUUAAAAUAGUUCCCUGGAUUGGGGGUAGAAUUAUUUCCAUGGGGCACCUUCCGUCAGGAACACAGUGGCUUCAAAGCAGGAUUGAGAUUGAUGGAUAUGAAGAAUAUAGUGGUACUGAGUACCCGUCAGCAGGAUGCUACGAAGAAUACAAAAUCAUUGAGCGGGAUUUUGGGCAUGCAGGUGAGAAUGAAUCUCUGAUAUUAGAAGGUGAUAUUGGUGGGGGAUUGGUUCUUGAACGGAAGAUAUCUAUUCGAAAAGAUGAUCCAAAGAUUCUUCAUAUCGACUCUAGCAUUAUAGCCCAGAAAGUAGGAGCUGGUUCAGGUGGAUUUUCCAGGUUGGUUUGCUUGAGAGUACAUCCAACCUUUAUUGUCUUACAUCCCAUGGAAACUUUUGUCUCCUUCACUUCUAUUGAUGGAUCAAAACAUGAAAUUCAGCCUGAAUCUGGGGAUCGAUUUUAUGAAGGGAAUCUUCUGCCAAACGGAGAAUGGAUGCUUGUUGACAAAUGUCUUGGUAUUGCUUUAGUCAACCGAUUUAACAUCAAUGAGGUCUAUAAGUGUUUUGUCCACUGGGGAACUGGAACAGUUAAUCUCGAGCUAUGGUCUGAAGACAGGCCUGUUUCAAGACAAUCUCCUCUCAUAAUUUACCACCAAUAUGAAGUUAGAGGAACCUCUUAGUUGCUUGUAUUAUCAAUUGUGCUUGUAACACUUCUAUCCGAAUAAGUUGUGUGCUAUAACACUAUGCAACUUGGAAUUCUAUUAUGCAACCAGAAACUACUAAGUAUGUGUGUGGAACUUUUGGGGAUUACCCAAAGAGAUUGCUUUAUCUACAAACAAUUGGAUUUCUAGCAUGUUUCUUUUUUCCCUGCUAAUCUUUAAUAUGCUAAUACUUAAUAUAAAA